AUGGCGAUGCUGGAUGUGAACGUCACUUGGGCCGCCAUUCUUGAGCGGCUGUCCAAAGGUCAUGUCGAGGAGGCCAGAGGUCUAGCAAGAGAGUUGAAGGGCCAGCGGGGAGCUUCACGGCAAGCUGCUGGGGAGAUCGCGCUGAGAUUGUCUGCGUGCUGCGCCGCGCAGGAGCUCACUCCACUCAUCACAGCCUUGCGGGAGAUUGAAGCUACAUGGAGUGAGACGGUUUGCCUUCUGAGCACAUCAGCAUCAGGUCCUGAAAAGUGGGCUGCUUGUGCGCAACUGGCCAAACGAGCUUCCCUGAAAGAAGUCCUGGAGCCUGGCAAGGCGUUGGGUUUGCUGUGGAACGAGCGGCUGGACUGUCCAAGUCCUGCAGAAUUAGCUGGCGAGCCAACAGAAGACGUAGAGGAACUGAAGAGCUCAACUGACCCAAGAGAACGGGCGACGAUGCUUCUCCGCUCAGCCCUGACUCAAUUGGCACAAGAACCACCGCAGCAGAAGGAUGCUUUGAAAGAUUCGAAGGAAGCUUUGGCCACUUUCCGCGACCUGCAGUUGCCAGAAUGUGAAGCUACCGCAUUGUUGGCUGUGAGCCGUAGCUGCAUCGACUUCGCAGAGCAGGAAGCGUUUCAAGCAGCCCUCCAGGCCUUGAAGAUCUUCAGAGACCAGGGCCAUUUGAAGGGCGAGAUAGCUGCGAUGCAUCGACUGGCCCGGGUGGACCAAGCUCGAAAAAGCUUUGACGAAGCCAGCUACAAAGCCUGCGAGGCCUUGAAACUGGCGCGGCAGAUGGGUGAUCGUGCCCGAGAACUCGCUCUCUGUGAAACUGUGCUGGAGGUUAACAUUGCUCAGGAUCGUCCCGAAAGGGCCCUGGAGGCAGCCAAGGAUGCUGAAGUGCUGGCCAAGAUCUUCGAAAGUCAGGUUCUCCUGGCCAGAGCAAAAUGCUGGAUUGCCAGAGCCUUCGGAGCAUACGAGGAGCGAAAGAUGACUGGAAUCAAGGCCGCAGAAGAGGCGUUACAAAUCUACGGCACGCUGAAUCAGAAGCAUGGGGAAGUCGAGGCUUUAGAAGCUUUGGCAGCUGCCACAAAGGAGGAUUUCAGUGAUGUUUCGAGUAAAAGUCAGAUCUUGGCGGAGAAGUUUGCUGAAAGUGGUGACACAAAGGAAGAGGUGCAAUGUUUGCUGGUGGCUGCGUCCUGCAGAGAAGGAAAAGAUAGCCAGAAGGCGAUGCAGCUGCUGCAGCGUGCCUCCACCGCGGCCAAAGGGCUCCGUGCCUUGCAGGGCCUGGUGCUGCUGCGGAUGGCGCGAUUAUAUUUGGACCGGGAGGAGCCAAGUGAGGCCAUGCGUGCAGCAACACAGGCUGGGAGCAUCUUUCGAAAUGAGCCUUACCCGACAAAGAAGAUUCGCAGUGGAGAGAUUAAAUGCGUUGAGAUCCAGAUGGAUGCGCACGUUCUUCUAGGUGCCAUGGAUGAAGCCUUUCGGGUGGGUGUGGAGCAAGGACGACGCUUCAAGGGUCUUCGUGAGCGACAAGCAGAGGGGAUGAUCUUAAUGAAAUUGGCAUCGCUUCAUCAGAUGCGGUUGGAAGAGGAAUCAGCUUUGAAGGUGCUGCAGUACGUGCCCAUGAUCUUCAACACAGUGGGUGAUCGCCAGCUCGAGGGUCUGGCCUGGGAACGCAUUGCCAACAGCUACUUGGACGCCGGAGAUGCGGUCAAGGCCCUGAAGGCCAUGGAGCAAUGCGUGGGGAACUUCCGCAAGGUCAACAGUCGCUUGAUGCGGGCCAGGGCGGCCUUGCUCCAAGCAGAUGUGCAGACAGCUUUGGUCUCCAUCCGGAAGGGCAGCAGCCUUGAUGCCCUCGAUGCUGCCAAGGAAGCCACCCACUUGUUCCAGAAUGAAGAAGCUUUUCUGGCACGCGCCGUGCAACUCUUGACGAACGCACAUUUGCUCAACGGACAAGCUGAGGAAGCCCUUGAGCGCGCUCGCGAAAGCCAAGACUUAGCGCGGAAGCAGCGACAAAUCGGUGGCGAGGCAUUUUCCUUGUUGAUGGAGGCAGGUGCGCACCUUUCCCUCCAGGACUUCGGAGAAAGCCAGAGAUGCAUCAGAGCAGCCAAGGAUCUCUUUGAUUCCGACUAUGAUGAGUCUGGAAAGCGUUCGGCCAAUGAUUUCGCAGCUUUUGUCCAGCAGGCUGAAUCUGGCAAGGAGGACCCCGCGCAGUUCCGGGGCUUCGGCUUCCGGCGGCUGAACGCCACGGAGGUGCGACAGAAGGCGAAAAGCGCUAGGGAAGCGCAACCCAGGAGGAAGCAGAAGACUUCGGAGCAGUCGGACAUCAUUCUGUGGCAAUGUGAUCCGAAGAGCAGAGACAAUCCGGAUGGGCGCUGCAUCAUGACCAUCUUCGAAGGCUUCGAGGUUCGCACUGGCGUGGCGCGUGGGGCGCAGCAGGCGCAGCCCAAGGCGCCCAAAGAGGAGGAGGAGGGGCCAGGGACCGUCAGCGCAGACUACUCCAAGGACUACAAGGACAGCGUGAAGGAACAGGGAACCCCCGAGCGAGAGCCAGCGGUUUUUGCUGUGCGAUGGGUACAAGCAACUGACGACAAGAAGGAGCCAGCCAAAAGCCGCCGAGAGCUGCGAAGACAGGAGGACACUCGUGUGGUGUUUACCAAGUCUCUGGAUGCGCCCAGCGGUUGCGGACGCUAUGCCAAGUCAGAUCGAUUGGAGGCUGAGGGUGAAAGACACGGCUAUCGCAUCUUCUGA